CUGCGGCCAAUCAGUGUAUACACCAGUGUCUGCAUAAUGUUUGGCAGAACUCAAACAUUUUAAAGAAUCCACUAUGCCUGAGGGACCUGAACUUCACCUAUCUAGCUUAUUUGUCAACAAAUCAGUGAAAGGAUUGAUUUUUUCUGGGGAAAUUCAUAAAUCUGAUGUUUCCAAAAAUCCAACAAUACAAUGGGAUGUUCCGUUUUACACCAUUACGGCUGAAUCCCGAGGUAAAGAAAUGAAACUUUGGCUAGAAGAAUACUCACUACUGGAAGGGAAACAAGUGAUGCACCCACAGAAGAUGUCCAUCCUUUUCCGGUUUGGCAUGUCUGGAUGUUUCAAAUUAUCCUCUAUUGAUGAAAUUCCAAAACAUUCACAUUUAAGAUUUUUUACAGCAAAAAACAGUGUUGAUCCCAUGCAAGUUCUUAGCUUUGUUGAUUUUCGAAGAUUUGGAAAAUGGGAAGUCAAUGUUGAUUGGGGUUCAGACAGAGGCCCAUGUCCUAUAAGAGACUAUGAAAACUUCAGAAAUAAUAUUGUGAACAAUUUAGAAAAUCCUGCUUUUAAAAAUAAAGCCAUUUGUGAAGUAUUACUGAAUCAAAGGUAUUUCAAUGGAAUUGGAAACUACCUUAGAGCUGAGAUAUUAUUCAGAUUGAAAAUAGCUCCUUUUGAUGAUGCCUAUAAUGUGCUCUGUGAUUGGAAACAUGCAGCCAUGUACCCAAUAAAAACUGAAAAGGGUGCUGCACCCAGCAAUCAGGACCCACUGUAUCUUUGCCAUGCAAUAUGCAGUGAAGUAUUAAAGCUGAGUGGUGGAUAUGAUGUGGAAACUGGCCUCAAGGAGAAUGGAUCCUUUGAAAAAUGGCUUCAGUGUUACCAAAACCCCCACAUGAAAAGCCUAACAGAUAGAAAUAAACGAACCAUAUGGUUCGACGGUGAACCAGGACCGCUAAUACCUAAUAACAGUAAUACCCGUCGGCCUAAAACAAAACGGAGGAUUGUCGAAAACGUGGUAGAAAAAUCUGUUACAAAAGUUAAAGCAAGAAAACAGAACAUUGUGGCAGAAUCUUCAGAACUUCGGCCUAGUUCACGACCAACACGCCGCUCACCACGUUUUGUCCAUGUCCUUGAAGUCAAAGGUGAGCAAACCUUCUAACUUGGAAUUAUUUCCUGGUACCACGGAGGUGAACUAUUCGGUCUCGCUUAUUAUUUGUUUUCCCCUUUAAAUGUCAGAAGUGGGCUAGUUAAAUCUUCAGUUGCGUUCCUAGAACGUUGGAAAAUUACGUUUGUUUCCAGAACUAAAUACUCAGCUACUGCAACUUGUCAAACCAAGUCUGCUGAGUACCAUUGCAUUAUGUAUAGGUCACAGAUUCUGAGCAGCCUGUACCUGGUAAAAAUUCGCAUCAAAAAGCUAAUCUCACAUCCCUACCACAUAGUUUACAUC